AUGGAACAGCCCAGACAGCCGACACGCAAGCAGAAGCAAAGAGACCCACCGAAAUCUCAGCAAGGUCUUAAUAAUUAUAAUGGCAAUAACAAUGGCACAGAACGCCUCAAGACUGUGAUACGCCGUUUACCACCUAAUCUACCGGAGGAUGUAUUUUGGCAGAGCGUGCAGGCGUGGGUGACAGACGAGACAGCAACGUGGAAAGUGUUCUGUCCUGGCAAGUUGAAGAAACGGAUGAACAAGGAGAGUGUGCCCUCUCGUGCGUAUAUCGCAUUCAAGAACGAGGAGGCGCUCGCGACGUUCAGUCGUGAAUACGAUGGGCAUACUUUCAGGGAUAAAUCAGGUCAGUACGUUCCCCCUCUACACAAAAUACCUCCAUCGCUCACGAUCAUCCGAUAUCGAUGUACAGGCAACGAAUCGUAUGCGAUAGUUGAGUUCGCUCCGUUUCAAAAGAUACCCGUUGAGAAACGCAAACCGGACCCCAGGAUCAACACCAUCGACAAGGAUGAGGAUUAUAUUUCUUUCCUCGAGUCGUUGAAGAAGUCCGAAAAGUCGGAGCCGGUAUCUCUCGAGGCAAUUGUGGCGGCUGCGCACCCUGCUCCACCACCUACGACCACCCCACUCCUCGAAGCACUCAAAGCCGAAAAAUUAGCCCAGAAGGAUAAAGACACCAUUCUCCGUAGUCAUGCCCACUACAAAGAGUCCGCCAUAGCGGCUAAGAAAGAGGAGGCCAAGAAGAAAGUCGCUAAUGUGGCACAACCGCAAGCUACGAGUGCCGAUCAGAAAUCUGCAAGUGAAGGAGGUGGGGCCCUCCAGCCGACGAGUAGGAAGUCGAGGAAAGCCGCGGCCGCGGCACAGAAGGCGGCUGCGCAUGAGACCCAGCCCCCUGUGCGGAUUGCAGUAAAGCCACCCCCACCUGUGGCUAGCACUGCUGCUGCCGGACCUACACCAACGGCCGCUGCAUCAAACGUUGGGCCAGCCUCAACUCCCGCACAGCGCGCGCAACGCAAUCGUCCAGCCAGGGGCCAGAAAGCUGCAGCAACUGCAUCUGCUCAGGUCAAACCGAUCGAGGCCGCUGUUCCUGCACCUCCAACUCCUGCUCUCGCACCCCUUGCCACUGAGGGCUGUGCGCCAGCUACUCCUUCGCAUACACCUGCUACUACACAAACUCGUAAAGGGCGUCCCGUAGUUGGGAUAGGGCGCCAUUUCGAGGCUGCGAUGAACAGCGUUGUUGGAAGUGGCAUCGAGCGGAAGAGACGCGGCGAGAAGGAGAAAGAGACAGAGGCGGGUUCUAUGUCCACCACGGGCGGCGGCGCACCAGAGGGAAAGAAUCCGACCUCUGCUACCGGACCGGGCUCGAGCGCAGGCGCAAGCAAGCGGAAGGAUCACCAUCCCUCAGGCGGAAAGCAGAAAGAAAAUAACAGUACCGCAGGCGGCGGUGCUGGCGGACCGAGUAUUCUGCAACGCGGCGAAGCGUCUGAUCCCAUGGGAGAAGUUCCAAUCAUGCAGCGGCCGGAUACACGAACUGGACCUCAGGGCGAUGCGCCGUCUGUGCGUGGAGGGAGAAGGGGCGGCAGAGGUCGUGGUCGCGCUGCAUAUCGCGGUGGCUAAUCGAAUGAGCUGGUUGGUUGAUGUGAUCCGCAUGUGUAUAAUUUCGACCCCUUCGCGUGCAACAUCUUCUAUGGGUCAUGCUCAGUUCGUACACCGCUCUUCGAUUUGUCACUCCAGUUGCCAUCUCCGGCGCAUCGGCAUGGACCCGAUCGGCGCCACUACUCUCCCCGAGUUCGACGCCGAAGGAG